UAUGAAUGAAUAAAAAGAUCAAAUAGAUUAAGAGAAUGAAAAGGAAUAAGACUAAUAAGAAAAAGAUAGUAGAGUAGAUGAUGAAUAAAAAGAAUUUUAUUCUUAAGAUACUCCAUAAUAAUAAUAAUAAUAGAUAGAGGAUCAGCCAGAAAUAAGAUAAUAGAUUGUUCAACAUAAUUCAAAAAGGGUUGAUUCUCAAGAAGAGAUUAAAACCACUACUUAAAGAAAAGAGUUGAAUAAAAGAAUAGAAACUGAAAAGUAAUAUGGCUAAAAAACAACAUCAGAAAGAACAUUUAAAACUUUAGAAUAAAUAUAUAGCAAACGAAAUACUUAAUCAUUGUUACAUCUCAGAACAUCAGAAUAAUUUGAUACUAAAAUAAUUCAUGAUUAAAUUAAUCGAUCUCAUUCAAAACAAUAAUAUACAUUUUCAAAAGCAGAAAGAUUCUCGAAAGCUAAAGAAAGCUAUUGCUCUAUUUAAUUUUAUGAUUCAUAGUAUUAUCUAUUUUUUAAUUGUAGAAUCCAAACUCAAUUGAAUAAAAGAGCUGCUGCUCUUGGAUAUGGAAAUAAAUCUGAUUUUACUAAGAAAGAUAAAUAUAUUCCAGGACCUACUGAUUACAAUAUCAAAUUGACUUUAAAUCCAGGAGUUAAAUUUGGAUAUGGGAGAGAUGAAACCAUGAUUAAAGGAAUACAUGGAAGACCCAAUAAAAAUCCUGCUCCUAAUUUGUAUUAAGUAAAAGAUAUAGUAACAACUUAUAAAUAUUCGAUGGGUGAGAGAACUUCAGCAAAACGUAAAAGGAAUUUUAAUAUUUAUUAGAUAUUUAUCUCUAAUCUACAACUCCAGCACCUGGUCGAUAUGAUGUUGGAGGUCUCAAUGCAAAAGGAAAUUACUUUUUUGGUAGAUUUAAAAGUAGUGGUGCUCCUGUUAUAUCUCCAUCUACUACAAUUGCUAAAAGACUCAAGAGAAUCCCAGGUCCUGGAACUUAUGAUCCUCCUGGAGAUAUUGGAGAUCUUAGAACCUAUUUGCCAUCUUAAUAUUCUACAAGAAGUGGAUUCAGGUUUGGAUUUUAGGAAAGAUAAACCUAAAAUAUAAAAAAUAAAUAAUGUAAAUUAAUUUAAAAGAUUAUUUAAGUUCCUGGACCUGGUACUUAUUAAUUACCAUCAGAAUUUGGUGACUAUGAAUAUCCACCUCUUAUAUGAU